UACCUCAGAGGUCCAGCUGAGAUGUUUUGUGUAUGUAAAAUCAGAGAAGACAAAUGUGAGGAGGCAAAUAGUGAUUGGCCAGAAUGAGAUGAUGUAUGAUAGUAGCGCUUCACACAGGUGUGAUUGUUCUGUUUUUUGGGAGUUGGGAAGGAGCUGUUAGGGUAGUUCUGCACUGGACUGCAGACAUGCAAAUUGGCAUUUACCCUCUGCUCUUUACAGAGACCCUUGAUGAGGCGAAAAAACGAGAGACAAAAUAUAACACCACAAUGUGUCCAACAUCUGAAAUUGAAUCUCAUGAUGAAGGAGCUAUCCGCCAAAAAAGAAUAUCCAGGCCAAAUCAGCAGUUUAUGCAUUCUGAUUCUGAAGACCAUCAGAGUAGCAGUGCAAAAAGAAAGCGUUUUGCCAAACCACCUGAUGUUGGAUGUCCAGUAGAUCUUGUUGCUAGCAACUACCAACAAUCAGUAGCUGAUGAAGUUCUUAAUGCUGAGAUGCCAGGUUUUGCUACAGCCCACUGUGUCCAGUACCACAAGUUGCAGAAUCCACAGCGACAAAGUACAAGUAUUGGGUUGUCUGGAUGCAGCUCAAGGCAGUAUAACCAUUGCCCUGGUCUCUCACAAUGUGCACAAAAUAGGCUGCCAUUGGAUAUAUCACAGACAAACUCCGACCAGAAUGAUGUAUUGGAUUCUGCGCCUAAUCAAGGUUUCGAAGAUGCAACCACACAAAGGGCCAGCAAUAAUGGGCAGCUUUUGAGAGACCUCGCUAUCCAUAAGAUGACAUGGAUGCUUGCUGAAGCUCUUGUGAUUGUGAAGGAUCUAUCCAGAGAUGUCCAAUUCAUUAAGAACAAUUUGGCUCAGAGUAACAUUACACCAGGUAGCACACAAGGACCAGCAAACCUUGUACUCCCCUUCCAGCUGCCAAUUGAAAGUGAAGAAGAUUUCAGUAAAGCAGAGUCAUUACUGAUUGAAGAGACAGUGCGUCAAAAGAUAAUUCAUUUGAAAGACUGAUCAGCAUCAAUGUAGAUUAGUCAGUGUGAGUCUUUUUCUAAGGGCAAAAUGUUUGCUCUUUAGCUACUUGAACACAAAUUGUAAUCUACAAGUUCUGAACAUGUCACAGAGCUUGUAGAUGUGCUAUUUAUGAAACAUUUUGCAAUUAUUCACAUAGAUGAUUUAAAUUUUGACCUAACCCAAAUUGGGACCAGGAUGGUUAAUAACGCUAAUAUCCAUGACCAUGAAUGAACACUAUGGAGUGGAAUAUCAGUGCAUAA